AUGAGCAAGGAUAAUAAGGGUGAAAUCGAUGUAGAUAGUAUCAUUGAAAGACUGUUGAGUGUGAGAGGAAGCAAGCCAGGGAAAAAUGUAAACUUAACAGAGGCAGAAGUCAGGGGGUUGUGUAUAAAAGCGAGAGACAUCUUUAUUUCUCAACCAAUUUUAUUGGAACUUGAGGCUCCAUUAAAAAUAUGCGGGGAUGUGCAUGGUUAAUAUUUCGAUUUGCUUAGAUUAUUUGAAUAUGGAGGAUACCCUCCUGAGAGUAAUUAUCUGUUCCUUGGGGAUUAUGUUGACAGAGGAAAAUAAUCCUUGGAAACGAUCUGUCUGCUUUUAGCAUACAAAAUAAAAUACCCUGAGAAUUUCUUUUUGUUGAGAGGCAAUCAUGAAUGUGCAUCCAUUAACAGAAUUUAUGGAUUCUACGAUGAAUGCAAGAGAAGAUAUACUAUAAAAUUAUGGAAGACCUUUACUGAUUGCUUCAAUUGUCUGCCAGUGGCUGCAUUAAUUGACGAAAAGAUUUUGUGCAUGCAUGGGGGAUUGUCGCCUGAAUUAUCCAACUUGGAACAAAUCAGAAGAAUUAUGAGACCAACUGACGUUCCAGAUACAGGGUUGCUCUGUGAUUUAUUAUGGUCUGAUCCUGAUAAGGAUGUGCAAGGAUGGGCUGACAAUGAACGAGGAGUUUCAUACGUAUUCAGUCAAGAGAUCGUUCAGGUCUUUCUGAAGAAGCAUGAAUUGGAUUUGAUAUGCAGAGCUCAUCAAGUAGUCGAAGAUGGAUAUGAGUUUUUCAGUAAAAGACAAUUGGUCACAUUAUUUUCAGCUCCCAAUUAUUGUGGCGAAUUCGACAAUGCAGGGUCCAUGAUGACUGUGGAUGAAUCGCUCAUGUGUUCUUUUUAAAUUUUGAAGCCAGCAGAACAGGGACAAGGAGCAUCCCAAUAGAACAAAGCAGGAAGUGCUAAAUUUGUGAACUGAACCAUCAUCUAUUAUAAUAAUUAAAUUUAGUCAUCUUUAUUC